CAGACACGAUUGGCCAACUCUGCAAAUAAAGAUGCCCUCCCAGGGAGGGAAGGGGAAACACUUACUUCUCCUGGAGCCAGUGUGAAUCAGCACGGCUGAUGGGCACAUCUGGAGCUUCCCAUCCAUCCCAGGUGCCCGCCAUGACCACCUUCUACCCUGAGUGGGGUACAGAGGCCUUUGAGUAUGACGAGUCUGCAGAAGCCUGUUUUUUAGGGGACAUCGUGACCUUUGGGACUGUCUUCUUCUCCAUCUUCUACCCCAUUGUCUUUGCCUUUGGCCUGGUGGGGAACCUUCUAGUGGUGUGUGCCCUCAACCACAGUCGGAAGCCCAAGAGCAUCACAGACAUUUACCUCCUGAACCUGGCCUUGUCCGAUCUACUCUUCGUGGCCACUUUACCCUUCUGGACUUACUAUGUGAUAACCGAACAAGGCUUCCACAACGCUGUGUGCAAACUCACAACAGCUCUGUUCUUCAUCGGCUUCUUUGGAGGCAUAUUCUUCAUCACCAUCAUCAGCAUUGACAGGUUCAUGGCCAUUGUCCUGGCCGCCAACUCCAUGAACAACCGGACGGUGCAGCAUGGCAUCAUCACCAGCCUGGGCGUCUGGGCAGCAGCCAUCCUGGUGGCAGCGCCCCAGUUCAUGUUCACAAAGCAAACAGGAAACGAAUGUCUGGGUGACUACCCUGAGGUCCUCCAGGACAUCUGGCCUGUGCUGCGCAACAUGGAGUAUAAUGUUCUGGGCUUUCUGCUGCCCCUUCUCAUCAUGAGCUAUUGCUACUUCAGAAUCAUCCACACCCUGUUUUCCUGCAAGAACCACAAGAAAGCCAGGGCCAUCAAACUCAUCUUACUGGUGGUCAUUGUGUUCGUCCUCUUCUGGACCCCAUACAAUGUCAUAAUUUUCCUGGAGACCCUCAAGUUCUAUGGCUUCUUUCCCAACUGUGACAUAAAAAGGGACCUGAGGUUGGCUCUCACUGUCACCGAGACAGUGGCAUUUAGCCACUGUUGCCUCAAUCCCUUCAUCUAUGCGUUUGCUGGAGAGAAGUUCAGGAGAUACCUGCGCCACUUGUACAGAAAAUGCCUGGCUUCCCUAUGUGGUCGUUCGGUCCACGUCAGUUUUUCCCCAUCUGAGUCUCAGAGAAGCAGGCAGGAAAGCAUUGUCAGCAGCAAUUUUACUAACCAUACAAGUGACAGAGAUGCAUCCCUCCUUCUCUGAAGGGAUGCCCAGAGUCUCAUCUCUACAGAGAGCCCAGAGUUUGCAGAUCUGGCAUGGAGGAAGGAGAGCCAGUGUUGGAUGUCAUUUCCUGUUGCUCAUGAAAUAACCUUGAAGUGUUUCUGAAAACUGUUCAAAUUUAUAAUGACUAAACCUAAACUUGUCUCCUUACUGCAACUGUUAGGCUUUUUCGUUGUUGUUGUUAAAUAAGUCAUGACCAUUAUACCCAGAGUAGCUUCGUUAAAAUGCGAUGGUGUCGUUCACACUGUGGUAUCGGCCAAGGGCUGGGUGAAUGGAGACUGUGGCUUGCAGGUAACUGCAGGCUCCUCUUCCCAGCCUGCUGAGUAGUGAGAAUCCCCCACACUCACAGCUUUAGUACCAUGAAGGGAUCUCCUUCCUCCCUCCCCAGUCCAGGGAGGAUUCUCCAACAGUGAAGACGGGAGCUUCCCUGCCGAUCUCAUGGCUGGACAUCCAGGAAGACACAUUUCUGGGAAGCUGGGAAGGGUGAUGCCAUUGCAAGCAGCCGGAAUGAGAGCUGCACAACAUCCCCACCACGAGUCUCCCCAGCCUCU